CACACACACACACCUUAUCCUCCGCGAAACCACCAACCUCCCAACAACCAACCGAUAUCCAACAACCCACAACCUCAGCCAGCCAGCUAUAACCCCAACAUGCCUCCCCAACUCCAAUCCCCCUCCAAACCCAACAACAUCCACACCCCGUCACAACCCCCCCAAACCACCUCCACCCUGCCCAACAAGAUCCAGAAACCAACCCGCCGCGCCCGAAAACACCAACCAGCCCCCACCUCGGCGCGAUGCUGGGACUGGCUCCUCCUCCCGGCCAGCAGCAACACGCACUUCGCCAAGAACCGCGCCUCGUUCGAGACGUACCGGCGGGCGCCGUGCAAGAUCGCCAACCAGCGGGUGCUGGGCGUGGGAACCGUGCAGCUGCGGGUGCGGCGGGCGCCCAACGACCCGCGCACGACGACGCUCGUGCUGCGCGACGUGCUGCACAUGCCGCACGCCCGGUGCAAUGGGAUCAGCGUGGCGAAGUUUACGGGGGAUUUUUGCGAUCAUGAUUGCGGUGUUGGUAGUGGUGGUAAUGGGGGGUGGCGGAGGGGGUGUGGGAGGGGCAGUGUGGGAGGGCAGAGUGAGAGUGAGGAGGGGGAAUGGGUAGGGGAGAUCGAGGGCCCCCUGCCGGUGGUGGUCGGCGUGGAAGGGGAAGGCGAGGCGGAGCAUUUGCAGGUGCGGCGUGCAAGUACCACCAGUACGAUUAGCAGCUGCGGUGGUGGGGAGGAGGAUCGAGGGGAGGGGUUGUGGUUUGCGGAAGGGAGACCUGAGAGGGGGUGCUCGAGGGUCGUGUUGGCCGGGGAGCAUCAUCAUCAUCAUCAGUCGCUUGAUGUUGGGGAAUUGGCAAAUGAGCAAAUGCUGAAAGGACUCGUUGUCUCCAAGGAGGAGUUGGAGCUUUUGAAUGAGAGGGUCAGGAAUCGGUCUUGGGUCUGAACAUUCGGAAAAAGAUUAAAUAAUUUCAUUCGUGUUUCUCAUGGGAUACUGUUCGGCGUCUGGCCUGUUUGUUAUUGUACAGAAGUUUGGAUCAUAAUUGCAAUCACUUUUGAAGCAAAGUGACCAUUUGUGCGCUCAUGACAC